UUCUUUCCAUCUUUAGCUAUCGGUGGUGGCGAGACUGUCCUUCGCAGCGGAGCGCAUGAAUACCCAUUCAGAACCCGGUUGCCAGAAGGAAAUUUCCCGUCAUCAUUUCAAGGGGUUCAUGGCAGAGUUUUCUAUGCUUUGGUAGUUCAGAUACACAGACCGUGGCAUUUGGCCAAGGAGUUCCGGUCGGAAUUGAAUUUUGUUAGCCACAUAGACGCCAACCAUCCACAACUGCUGGCGCCACUGUCAGCUUCCAAUGACAAGGAGCUGUGUUGCCUCUGCUGCACCUCAGGGCCCAUCUCCAUGAAUUGUCGUCUGGACAGGAAGGGUUACGUCCAAGGAGAAAUGAUUCAGAUCAUCGCGGAGUUCGAGAAUGCCUCUUCCCGUACGCUUGUUCCCAAGGCAACGCUCGUACAGACGCAGACCUUCUACACGUACUCCAGGUCAUCAAAGAGAUGUGUUCCUAAAAACCUUGUCAAAGUCGAGGGAACACCUGUCAUGCCCCAUCGUUCAGGAGUGUGGGGCAACCAAAUGCUGCAGAUACCUGCCAAUAUCCCCCUCACCAUCUCAAACUGCCAGAUUCUGGAGGUGGACUACUUUUUGAUGGUUAGUCUGUGUAUUCCAAAUGGAACCGACCUCAGUGUCAUUUUCCCUCUGAUAAUGUGCUCUAUUCCUGUGUGUCGUCCUCCUGCUUAGACACAGUCUGCUACAGUCUCCUUAAAACUUCACAAAUUGCCAUGGAAAUGAGACUGCUGCCAUCCUCAAGCCCUGAAUGGGUGUGUGCCUUUUUUUUGUGUCAUUUUUGAGGUUGUGGGGGUUAUGGGAUAUCACCACUUUACAUUUAUGUCAGGUGUUUACAGACUCUUUACAAUUUCAGGAUUACAUUUCUGUCUGAGGUAUUUUUAUUUCUGGCAUUUUUGUAUUUUGUACCGUCGGGUGCCUGGUUUAAUACUCAGAACAACUGACCUGCAUAAAUCAGGUAUUACAGUUUUUAUUUACUUUUAAGCUGUUCGAAGCGCUUCCGUCUCCUAUCACUGUGCCUUAUCUGAGCUGAGGUCAGAGUAGCACUACAGAAGCACCUUUCUGUAACGAAAGGUCUUAUAUUUGAUUUUUAAAUAUUAACUGCCAAUAUUUUAUUCUUUUGAGUGUUGUUAAAUUUAUCUUUAAAAUUUUUUUUUAUUUCACAUAUACAGUAAGAAAUACCUGUACUUUUCUACAUUAUAUUAUGAAAGUUAUUUGUUCUAUAAAGGUAUAAAACAAGGAUAUUAUUUCACAAUAAUAGCUCAAAUGUUUUCUAUUGAGAGCAUCUGCUAUAUGUUUAUAUGUCUGCUAUAUGUUUGCUAUAUGUUUAUGUUGCCUCUUAUUGGAUGUAACAAACUGCCUUGACUUGGGUUUGGGUAGGACGAUUGACAUUUGCAGUAUUUUAGCAUGUAGGGGACACCCUUCACUGUCUCUAAUGUUGGCCUUGUUCUAACCUCAUUCUUAACUGCCAUGAACAUCUUUUUUUAACCCUGUUGUGAUCCUAACACGGACAGUCCUCUGUGUGAGAUUACUCUUUGCCUAGUAAGACUAAGCUUUAACACAAUUGUAAUAGUUUACACAGUGUUUUGUUUAUACUGUAAGUGAUGAUUUUCAGUCUGCCAUGUUUUUAUCCGGUUCAACGUGUGGAUGAAAUGCAGAUACAUAUUGGAUACAAUUUUUUUGCACAGAUUCUGAUCCAAAAUGUGUGACUGUUCGGUGUAGAAGUAUUUGAUAUAAGGUUUUAUUCAAACUUGGUCUUUUUUUUUUCAUACUAUUUUUUAUCAAUCCUAUCAGUUCUGAUAGUAUUUUAAGCAACUACUUCAUUGUCAAGUUUUGGCUUUUUCAACAUUUUUUUUCCUCUGUCAGUAUCUUCACUGCAGAGCCUAGGGAUUUGGAUUUUCAGAAUUAUCUUAUAAAGGAAAUCCACUUUAAAGUUAAAACACCUUCACUAGGAGCUUCCUAGAGAAAUCAACUCUUCCACAGCAAUUGCAGCAGCUGCCAUUCCGUCCAUCGUUGCACUGAAAUGUCUCCUAAGAUAAAGCGCUGGCACAGAUCAUGGUGUGAAGCCGUCAAAACGCACUCUUCUGGAAAGAUUCAGCCACACUGAAUCAGAGCUCAUUCACUGUGUGGCUAUGACAACAAUAUAACAACAAUGCUGUUAAUAAUAAUAAUAUUAGUAAUAAUAAUUAUAACAAUAAUGAAAGUAUCGGAAUGCAUUGGCAACCUACAAAGCAAAUAAACAGCCAUGUGUUCUUGUUUUUGUUUUUUUACCUGUUGCUUUAAAAAAAAAAAAAAAUGAAUCAAAAAAACUUUAAAAAUUGGCUAUCGGAAUUGGCUGAUUUGGCUUUCAAAAAUCGGUAACCGGAAUUGGCCAUAGAAAUGAAUGAUCGGUGCACCCUUAUCCACAAGUAUUUGGAACGUGACAAGUUUUGUUGUUUUGGCUCUGUAUUCAAAAACAAAAAUUGUUACUGUCCAAAUCCUUAUAGACUGCACUGUCCGUGUGGUUCGGUGAUGAAGGCAAGCUGUGUGGGGUUUUUGUGUGUGUGUGUGUGUGUGUUCUGUGAAGAACUUGACCUAAUAGCCUUUACAUAUACAUAUACACUUCAACCUCAUUGUCAUUGUAUCCUUUCAAACUCAAAGUGCUAGCGUACAGAACCAAAAUAACAAAAAAUGAGUCACUGUCCAAUGAAUUAUGGUGCUCACUGUAUACACAGUGACGACAGAGAGACUUACAUUUAGCAUAAAGUGGUUAAGAAUUAUUAACAAGAACAAUCAUGAAAUGACACUGCCUAAUCUGGAUUUGAAUUCUGUGAGAGGGGUAAGACACUACUUGUUAACAUGUUGUAAGCUGUUCAAUCUAUUGGGGCAUGGUGACUAAAUGCGGUUUUACCCAGUUUACUGGUAACAAGAAGGACCAAUAAAGCCAAGUAAUCCUGUGUAUGUGUAUUGUAAUUGGGUCCCAUUGACCAAAUAACAAAUGUAUUAAACAUAUUCAGUUUUCAGCUUAAUGUCUUUCUGCUGUUACUCUAACUGUUCUGUGCCUGUCUUGUCAUUACUCCUGUUGCCCUAAUGAAUGUUAUGUAUUUAAUGUAUCAUGUAAUGUUAGCAUAUUACACCUCUGAUGGAAAUAAACAGUGCCUGUGAAAUAAAUGGUGCUAU